AUGCCUGAAGCACUUGCGACAACGAAACGCAAGUUUCACAAACUCCUCGACAGCCGCUUCGGAUCUCCCUCGGCGCCGGCAGCAGCAACACCUCCUAGACCUGUAUCGCAGGGCACAAUCAGCGAACCAGCAACCAAGCGCAUUCGAUCGAGCGGCUCGACGACAUCUCUAGCGGCCAGCCUACGCAGCAAGACAGUACCAAAGUCGUCCAUUAACCCAGUCAGAGGAGAGCCCAAUUUUGCGCCAUGGUCGCAUGAUGCUUUCGUCAAGCGGUUGCGCAGCUUCGGCCCUGUUACCAAUUGGCACCCUAAGCCUGAUGCUAUCAAUGAAGUCGAGUGGGCUAAGCGAGGAUGGUGGUGUGUGGAUACAAAUACUGUCGGUUGCAAGGGAGGGUGUCAACAGCGAGUCGUGGUCAAGGUCGAGCCCAUCGUCAAGAGACGUCGCGUCCAGACUGAGGAAGAAGCUCAAGAGCAGGAACAAGAAGACGACGAUGAUGAUGACGAGGACAAUGAUCAGGAAGAGUUGGAACAAGCAUUGGUGGAAAAGUACAAGGAGCUCAUUGUUGAGGGACACUCGGAAGACUGUCUAUGGAGGAAGGCUGGUUGCAAGGACGACAUUUACCGAUUACCUAUUGUCAAGUCGACUGUCUGGCAGCCCGAACUGCGCAUGCGUUUCCAGUCUCUCUUGAAGAUAGAGCCGUCACUCGCCAACCUGACUCUACAACCUGCUGAACUCAAUCCAUCUCCUGAAAAGAUUCUCGCAAACCUCCCGACAACUCUUCUCCAAGAGCCAGAAGGACCCAGCUCAAGCGAGGAUACGGACAUCGCAGAAGAGACGAAGCAAAAAGCACUAAAAGUUGCCAUCUGCGGCUGGCAAGGUUCGACAGAAUCCAGCACGCAACUCCUAGCAUGCGAGGCCUGCUUCCAAAGAAUAGGUCUCUGGAUGUACCAGCCCGACUACAAACCCCACAGAUUUGACGACGACGAUGAAGAGGAACAAGACCGCAGCCUCGACCUCAUACAGCUACAUCGCGAGCACUGUCCCUGGCGCAAUCCGACCACCCAAGCUGCUACAGGAAACUAUGCUGGCAAGUCUGCUCACUCUAUCCUUCUUGAUGUUCUGGACCGCUAUAUCGAUGAGCAGAGGCGUAGAUCGAGAGGUACUAUUCAUGGCUCUGCUGUAGCUGACAACGAUGUGGAGAGUGAUGCGGGAGCGACGGAUGAUGGUAGAGAAAGUUUGGCUCUGGAGACUCUGCCGUCCAUGCCAGAACUGAGCAGGGCAGAGACGGAGAAGCAUGAUAAGGAGAGGCUAUCCAAGUUGAGGCGUCUGAAGACGGUUCUAGGAUUCAAAAGAAGGGCACCGCCCGCUGCCUGA